AAUGGUACGAUGGAUCCGGUAUACGUGAUGAUUGAAGCACGUGAUGGUGGUUCGCUGAUGCGCAACGCACAGCGGAAAGUGCUGAUGCAGUUCAUCAAGUUCAUCCAAGCCAAUGUAACAAUGUUGUAUAAAGGCCGGGAAUACGGGUACCAGGAGCUUUGCGAGCCAUACUGCGAAAUGAAUACUGCUUUUAUGGCUUUCUUGAGGCUUUAUGAUGAGAGCAAUCCAUCCACUUACACUUAUCCAAGCAUCGAUCUCUUCGGCUCGCAAGCCUUCAUUGGUGAGCUUUCUAUCGGUUCAUGUUUCUAA